AUGUCUCAAGGGCCUCCACACCCAGAGAGGACCACUCUUAGGAGCGCAAGUCCUGAGAAGGUGUCACACGUGAGCCCUCAUGCCAAAGCAGAAACUACCUCUUCCUCUUCUCGGAUGUCUCCACCGACCACCAACUCACGUUCUCCUAUUUCCUCCACAUUUGCAGAGCGUAUCCGCCCCUCUCCUCUUCCUGGGACUUCAAUACUCACUUCAGGCCCGGUGAAGACUGCACAUGUGUCAGGCUCAAGCUCAGAACUUGAAACCAGUUCGCCUCCAAAUUCAAGCAGCACCUCAGUUGACACACUGGCCACCUCUGAAGUCACCACAGAUCCAGUCAAAAGCCAUCCUUCCCCAAACCCUGCAGUGACCUCCAGAGUGGAGACCUCCAGUUCUGCUCAUGAAUCCACAUCCUCUGACCUAGCUGGCUCAGAAACAGCCAGCGCCAUGUCUCCAGUGGGUGCCACCUCCACCAUGGAGGAUACCGUUCAUUCCGAAUCGAUUUCUGCAUUCGCCGAGGCCAGGACAUUUCAGACGGAGCCAAGUUCGUCGGUGACUUCUGGGUUGAAGGAGACCAGCGCCUUUGCAGAGGCCACCUUUGCCACAGAGACAAGUGCUGUCCUUUCCGAAGUACCGACCAGUGCUAUGACUGGGGUCUCCAGGACAGAUGUCAUCUCUUCUACCAGACCAUCCGUCUCUGUCCCAGUUCAGUCCUCAGUGUCAUCACCCAUGUCUGCAGAAACCAUCGGCAGCCUUUCUGCUUCCUCCGUUUCCAUUAUGUCAGAAUCUGCACAAAUGACCGUGACGUCCCAAACAAGUUCUCCGGUGUCUCCAUCACGGGGUACCCUUAACUUGGGCAAGUCAGCCACAACCAGGAGCUUGGCAGGGUCCUACUCAACCUUGUCUCAAGGAUUUCAACACUCAGAAGUGACAACCCUUACGAGCAGGGGCCCUGAAAGGGUGUCGGGGACGGGCCCUCCCCCUGUGGAAGGAGCUACCUCUUCCUCUUCUUUGAUGUCUGUGCCUGCCACAAACUCACCUUCUCCUGUUGCUUCCACAUUGCUCAUGAACGUCCCCUCUUCUCCUCUUUCUGUGACUUCCCUUCUCACCCCAGGCCUGAGGGAGACUACAGAUGUGUUGGGCACAAGCUCAGGAGAAACCAGCUCGCCUCCAAGUUGGAGCCGCACCUCGGUUGACCUACCGACCACCUCUGGAUUCACCAUAGAUACAGAGAAAAGUCAUCGUUUUUCACACGUAGCAGUGCCCAAUGUGGGGACCUCCAGUUCUGCUCGUGAAUCCACAUCCUCUGGCCUAGCUGGCUCAGAAUCAGCCAGCACCACGUCUCCAGUGGGUGCCACGUCCACCAUGGAGGACACCGUUCUUUCCGAAUCGAUUUCUGCAUUCACCGAGGCCAGGAAAUUUCAGACGGAGCCAAAUUCAUCGGUGACUUCUGGGUUGAAGGAGACUAGCGCCUUUGCAGAGGCCAUUUUGGCCACAGAGACAAGUGCUGUCCUUUCCAAAGUGCCCGCUAGGGCUACCAUUGAGGGCUCCGGGACAGAAGCCGUGGCCUCUAGCAGGACAACCAUCCCAGGCCCUGACCGGUCCACAGUGUCAUCAAGCGUCUCUAAGGAAACCAUCACUCCCUUCUCCCCUGUCUCAAGAUCUGCAGGAAUGGCCCUCGCUACCCAAACAAGUUCUCCUGUGACAUUGCAGGGAACCCAUACCUUGGGCAUGUCAGCCACAACCUCCUUGGCCGGGUCCCAGUCAACCGUGUCUCAAGGGCCUCCACACCCAGAGAUGACCACUCUUAGGAGCGCAAGUCCUGAAAAGGUGUCAGACGUGAGCCCUCAUACCAAAGCAGAAACUACCUCUUCCUCUUCUCUGCUGUCUCUGCCGGCCACCAACUCACCUUCUCCAGUCUCCUCCACAUUUGCAGAGAGGAUACCCUCCUCUCCUCUUCCUGUGACUUCACUUCUCACCCCAGGUCUGAGAGUGACUUCAGAUGUGUUGAUCACAAGCUCAGAAGCAGAAACCAGUUCACGUCCAAGUUGGAGCCACACCUCGAUUAACCUGCUGACCACCUCUGGAAUCACCACAGAUACAGAAAAAAUUCAUCCUUUCUCAAACGUAGCAGUGACCAAUGCGGGGACCUCCAGUUCUGCUCCUGAAUCCACAUCCUCUGUCUUGGCUGACUCAGAAACAACCACAGCCACAUCUCCAGUGGGUGCCACUUCCACCAUGGAGGAUGCCGUUCAUUCCACAUCGCUCUCUGCAUCCACUGAGGCUAGGACAUUUCAGACAGAGACAAGUUCCUCAGUGACUUCUGGCUCGAAGGAGACCAGUGCCUUUGAAGAGGCCAGCUUGGCCACAGAGACAAGUGCUGUGCUUUCCGACAUGCCCACCAGAGCUGCUACUGAGGGCUCCAGGACAGAAGUCGUGGCCUCUAGCAGGACCACCAUCCCAUGCCUUGACCGGUCCACAAUGUCAUCUAGUGUCUCUAAGGAAACCAUCACGCCCUUCUCCUCUGGCCCAAAGUCUGCAGAAACGACCCUCACUAACCAAACAAGUUCUCCUGUGACACCACAGGGAACCCAUACCUUGGGCACCUCAACCGCAGCCUCGUUGUCAGGGCUCCGCUCAACCGUGUCUCAAGGACCGCCACACCCAGCGAGGACCACGCUUCGGAGUGCAAGUCCUGAAAAGGUGUCACAAACAAGCCUUCAUACCAAAGCAGAAACAACCUCUUACUCUUCUCUGAUGUCUCCACCGGCCACCAACUCACCUUCUCCUAUUUCCUCCACAUUUGCAAAGCGUAUCCGCCCCUCUCCUCUUCCUGGGACUUCAAUUCUCACUUCAGGCCCGGUGAAGACUGCAGAUGUGCCAGGCUCAAGCUCAGAACUUGAAACCAGUUCGCCUCCAAAUUCAAGCAGCACCUCAGUUGACACACUGGCCACCUCUGAAGUCACCACAGAUCCAGUCAAAAGCCAUCCUUCCCCAAACCCUGCAGUGACCUCCAGAGUGGAGACCUCCAGUUCUGCUCAUGAAUCCACAUCCUCUGACCUAGCUGGCUCAGAAACAGCCAGCGCCACGUCUCCAGUGGGUGCCACCUCCACCAUGGAGGAUACCGUUCAUUUUGAAUCGAUUUCUGCAUUCGCUGAGGCCAGGACAUUUCAGACGGAGCCAAGUUUGUCGGUGACUUCUGGGUUGAAGGAGACCAGCGCCUUUGCAGAGGCCACCUUCGCCACAGAGACAAGUGCUGUCCUUUCCGAAGUGCCCGCUAGGGCUACCAUUGAGGGCUCCGGGACAGAAGCCAUGGCUUCUAGCAGGACAACCAUCCCAGGCCCUGACCGGUCCACAGUGUUAUCAAGCGUCUCAAAGGAAACCAUCACUCCCUUCUCCCCUGUCUCGAAAUCUGCAGGAAUGGCCCUCGCUAUCCAAACAAGUUCUCCUGUGACACCGCAGGGAACUCAUACCUUGGGCACGUCAGCCGCAACCUCCUGGGCCCGGCCCCAGUCAACCGUGUCUCAAAGGCCUCCACACCCAGAGAGGACCACUCAUAUGAGCGCAAGCCCUGGAAAGGUGUCACACAUGAGUCCUCAUGCCGAAGCAGAAACUACCUCUUCCUCCUCUCUGCUGUCUCUUUCGGCCACCAACUCACCUUCUCCUGUUCCCUCCACAUUUGCAAAGCAUAUCCACCCCUCUUUUCUUCUUGGGACUUCAAUUCUCACUUCAGGCCCGGUGAAGACUGCAGAUGUUUCGGGCUCAAGUUCAGAACCUGAAACCAGUUCGCCUCCAAAUUCGAGCAGCACCUCAGUUGACACACUGGCCACCUCUGAAGCCACCACAGAUCCACUCAAAAGCCAUCCUUCCCCAAACCCUGCAGUGACCUCUAGAGUGGGUACCUCCAGUUCUGCCCAGGAAUCCUCGUCCUCUGUCCGAGCUCACACGGAAGGCACCACAAUCACAUUGCCAAUGGGUAACAACUCCCCUGCCAAGGCCAUCACUCUUUUCUCAUCAACUCCCCUCCAUGAGACUGGGGGAUUUCAAACAACACCAGCUUCCUCGCUGACGUCUGGAUGGGGGAAGACCAGCAAUCCUGAAGAAACUAGCUCAGUCACCGAGAGCAGCCCUUUCCUUCCCCAGGUGCCGACUAGUGCUACGACUGGGGUCUCCAGGACAGAUGUCAUCUCUUCUACCAGACCAUCCGUCUCUGUCCCAGUUCAGUCCUCAGUGUCAUCACCCAUGUCUGCAGAAACCAUCGGCAGACUUUCUGCUUCCUCCGUUUCCAUUAUGUCAGAAUCUGCACAAAUGACCGUGACGUCCCAAACAAGUUCUCCGGUGUCUCCAUCACGGGGUACCCUUAGCUUGGGCAAGUCGGCCACAAUCAGGUCCUUGGCAGGGUCCCACUCAACCUUGUCUCAAGGAUUUCAACACUCAGAAGUGACAACCCUUAUGAGCAGGGGCCCUGAAAGGGUGUCGGGGACGGGCCCUCCCCCUGUGGAAGGAGCUACCUCUUCCUCUUCUUUGAUGUCUGUGCCUGCCACAAACUCACCUUCUCCUGUUGCUUCCACAUUGCUCAUGAACGUCCCCUCUUCUUCUCUUCCUGUGACUUCACUUCUCACCCCAGGCCUGAGGGAGACUACAGAUGUGUUGGGCACAAGCUCAGAAGGAGAAACCAACUCGCCUCCAAGUUGGAGCCGCACCUCGGUUGACCUACCAACCACCUCUGGAUUCACCAUAGAUACAGAGAAAAGUCAUCCUUUUUCACAUGUGGCAGUGACCAAUGCGGGGACCUCCAGUUCUGCUCGUGAAUCUACAUCCCCUGGCCUAGCUGCCUCAGAAACAGCCAGCACCACGUCUCCAGUGGGUGCCACGUCCACCAUGGAGGAUACCAUUCGUCCCACAUCGAUUUCUGCAUCCGCCGAGGCCAGGACAUUUCAGACGGAGACAAGUUGGUCAGUGACUUCUGGGUUGAAGGAGACCAGCGCCUUUGUAGAGGCCACCUUGGCCACAGAGAAAAGUGUUGUCCUUUCCAAAGUGCCCGCUAGUGCUACCUUUGCAGGCUCCAGGACAGAAGCCGUGGCUUUUAGCAGGACAACCAUCCCAGGCCCUGACCGGUCCACAGUAUCAUCAAGCAUCUCUAAGGAAGCCAUCACUCGCCUUUCUGCUUCCUCCAUUUCCAUUAUGUCAGAAUCUGCAGAUACGACCGUGACAUCCCAAACAAGUUCUCCGGUGUCUCCAUCACGGGGUACCCUUAGCUUGGGCAAGUCAGCCACAACCAGGUCCUUGGCAGGGUCCCACUCAACCUUGUCUCAAGGAUUUCAACACUCAGAAGUGACAACCCUUAUGAGCAGGGGCCCUGAAAGGGUGUCGGGGACGGGCCCUCCCCCUGUGGAAGGAGUUACCUCUUCCUCUUCUUUGAUGUCUGUGCCUGCCACAAACUCACCUUCUCCUGUUGCCUCCACAUUGCUCAUGCACGCCCCCUCCUCUCCUUUUCCUGUGACUUUAAUUCUCACCCCAGGCCUGAGGGAGACUACAGAUGUGUUGGGCACAAGCUCAGAAGCUGACAGUAGUUCACCUUCAAAUUUGAGCAGCACUUCUGUUGACAUACUGGCUACCUCUGAAGUCACCAGAGAUACAGAGAAAAUUCAUCUUUCCUCAAUCCCAGCAGUGACCAAUGUGGAAACCUCCCAUUCCGGACAGGAAUCCCAUUUCUCUGUUAUACCUGACUCAGAGACAGCCAAAGCCUCAUUUCCUGUGGUUACCACCUCCACCUUGGUAGGGGAUACAAGUGUUCCCAUGUCAACUUCUGCCUUCUUUGGAACUAGCGGAAUUCAGACACAGACAACACCCUCCCUGACCCCUGGAUUGAGGGAGACCAGCCACUAUGAGGGAACCAGCUUAGACAGAGAGACAAGCACUGUCCUUUCUGAAGUGCUCACUGGUGAUUCUACUGAGGUCUCCAGGUCAGAAGUCACUUUGUCCAGCAUCCCAGGUUCUGCUCAGCCCACAGUGACACCAGUCUUCUCCACAGAAACCACCACCAUGCUCCCUACCUCCCCCAUUGCAACAAAAUCAGAAGAAAUGACCAUCACUACCCAGACAGGUCUUCCUGGGUCUACAGCACAGCGUACCCUUGCCUUAGACAUAUCAAGCACCGCCUCCUGGUUAGGGACUCACUCAUCUGUGACUCACGGAUUUUCACUCUCAGAGAUGAUCACACAUAUGGGAAGAGAUUCUGAAGAAAUGUCAUGGUCGAGUCAUCCCUCUGUGGAAGAAACUAGCUCUGUCUCUUCUCUGCUGUCUUUAUCUGCCACAAACGCACCUUCGUCUAUUUCCUCAAUAUCUCCAGAGAGUGUCCCCUCCUCUCCUCUUCCUGUGACUUCAUUUCCUACUCCAGGCCUGAUGAAGACUACAGAUGUGUUGGACACACACUCAGAACCUGGAACUGGUUCAUCUCCUAAUUUGAACAGCACCUCAACUGAAAUGCUGGCCACCUCUGAAGUCAUCACAGAUACAGAGGAAAUUCAACUUUCUUCAAACACAGCAGUGACCAGCGUGGGGACCUCUGCUUCCAAACAUGUGCUCCCUGUCUCUGUCCCAAUUCACUCUGAAUCACCCAUAGCUACAUAUCCAAUGGGUACUUCCUCUUCCAUGGCAGAAACCACUAUUUCCACAUCAAUGCCCACCUAUUCUGAGACCACAGGAUUUAAGGUAGAACCACUUUCUCAUAUGACUUCUGGAUUAAGAGAAACUAGCAUGUCCCUGGGCACCAGCUCAGCCACACCAACACAAACACCAUCAUCUCCUGUGUCCACUCACCUUUUGCAGAGUGGCAAGACUGAUGUCACCUCCUCUGUGAAAAUACCGGUCUCAGACCAGCCUCCAUUCUUGCAGUAUACUGAAAUUCCAGUAAAGAUAAUCACCCCCUUUGAUGCGUCUCCAUCUGUUAUAGAGUCCACUGGGGUAACUGCCUUCCCAGAAUCCAAGUUUUCUAUGUCUGUGUCAGAAAGUACCUAUCGCUUGAGUACAGGUAUGCUGCCUUCAACUGAGACCAUUUCAGAUGACACAUUGAUGUCUUCUUCAUCAGAGACCAUGGCGUCAUUUGCCAUAACUGGAGUUCCAGCAGCCAGUUUGGUUUCAGGCAGUCCAUUCUCUAAGAUAGAGUCAAGCUCUAGGGAUGCUGCUCUGUCCACCACUGCAGAAAGCUUAUCGUUAUCCACUUCAACCCCAUUCCCCUCUUCAACCUCCACUACCACUGAUUCUUCAAUCAUCCCAGCCCUCCCUGGGAUUACUUCCUCUCCAGCUUCCCCACAUCCAGUGAAUACCAGUCUUGGGUUUGAAAGCAGCACUACUGAAGGACCCUUGGUAAAUGUCAGUACUUCAGAGACUUGGACCCAACCAGUCAGGACAUCUUUAUCAUCCAUUUUGGAUACAAGAAUGACAAAGAGUGCUGAGUUGGAAAAAGUGACAAGUGCUAAUCAAGUUCCUCCAUUCUCAACUCAGUUGCCAAGAACUGAACACGUUAUGGAGCGCAUCACAAAGAUACCCAAUGAUGCAAAACAUGGGAGCACGAUAGGACCAAUCAAAGGCCCUCUGGCAGCCACAUCGCCUUCUAGUCCUAGAGGACUACAUACAAGAGAGACAGAAAAAGCAAAGACCACCACCACAUCUCUGAAGACCACCUCCACAGCCACUUUGACCACCAAAGUCUAUACUCCCACUUCGGAAACACUGACUCCCCUGAAGAUACCAGUGCAAAUGACUAACACAAUCACAACAAGAAUGAUGAUCAGAACCCCAGAUGUUUCCCCAGUAAUGACAUCCUCACUGGCCACCAGACUUGGAGCAGAGAUCAGCACAGAUGUUCCCAGGACAACCCUACCUAUUUUUAAUGGAGAAUCAGAGACCACAGUCUCACUGGUCCCCAGUUCUGGGUCAGAGACCAGUUCAGCUAUUCAAACUCUGGCUGUUUCCCCUGGUGAGCCAGAUACAACAGCCUCCUGGGUCAUCCAUCCUGCAGAGACCACCCCACCUAUUUCCAAAACAACCCUGAGUGUUUCCCAUAGUAAAUCAGAUACUACACCUUCAACAGCUACCAGUCCUGUAGAAGACAUUGGUUCAGCUCUUCCAACAUCAGUUGUCUUUUCUAAUAUACCAGAAGUGGUGACCUCACUGGUCAUUGGUUCUGAGACACACAUCAGUACAAUUCUUCCAACACCGACUGUGCUUCCACGUGAACUAGAGACAACAGCCUCAUGGAUUACUCAUCCGUCAGAAACCAGCCCAGUAGUUUCCAGGACAGUCCCAGAUUUUUCCCAUAGUGAGUCUGACGCCACACUCUCAGUGGCCACCAGUCCUGGGGCACAAGCCCAUUCAGUUGUUUCAACUACAACGAUUUUACCUAGUGUACCAGGUCUGGAGACCUCAGUGGUCACUAGUUCUGGGCCAGACACCAGUACAGCUAUUUCAAGUCUGACUCUUUCUCCUGGUAAACCAGAGACUACACAGUCAUUGGUCACCCAUCCUGGAACACAGACCAGUUCAGCCAUUCUAACUGCAACUAUCUCACCUGGUGUAUUGGGGGUGGUGACAGCACUGGUCACUAGUUCUGGGGCAGAGACAAGUACAACUAUUCCAACUCUGACCAUUUCCUCCACUGUUCCAACUCUGAGUAUUUCCCCUGGUGAGCCAGAUACAACAGCCUUAUGGGUCACUCAUCCUGCAGAAACCAGCCCAACAGUUCCCAGGACAAUGCCUAAUUUUUUACACAGUAAAUCAGAUACCAUACCUUCAGUAGCCACCAGUCAUGGGACAGAAGCCAGUUCAGCUGCUCCAAAAACUGUUUCAUCUGGGACUCAGGGGGCAGUGACCUCUCUGGUCACUAGUUCCAUGGCAGUGACCAGUACAACUAUUCCAACUCUGACUAUUUCUACUGAUGAACCAGAGACGACAGCCUCAUUGGUCACCCAUUCUGAGGCACAGACAAUUUCAGCCAUUCCAACUCUGACUGUCUCCCCUAGAGUAUCAGAGAUAGUAACUUCACGGGUCACUGGUUCUGUGGCAGAGACCAGUAUGUUUCCAACUCUGACUGUUGCCCUAGGUCAACCAGAGGCCACAGCCUCAUGGGUUACUCAUCCUGGGACAGAAGCCAGUUCUGUUGUUCCAGAUUUGACUGCCUCUACUGAUGAGCCAGAUACAACAGUCUUAAUGGAGCCCAGUCCUGCAGAAACUAGCCCGACUGCUACCAGGACAACUUCAAUUUUUUCCCACAGUAAGUCAUACGGCACAUCUUCAACAGAUAUCAGUCCUGCGGCAGAUUCUAGUUCAGCCAUUUCAACAACACAUUUCUCAGCAAGUGUACCAGAUAUGCUGACCUCGCUGGUCACUAGUCUUGGGACAGACACCAGUACAAGUCUUUCAGCAUCGAAUGAGUCCCCACAUGAAUCAGAAACAACAAUUUCAUGGGUGACUCUUUCUGCAGAGACUAGUCAAAUGGUUCCCAGGACAACCUCAAAUUUUUCCCAUAGUGAGUCACAUACCACACCCUUAAUAGCCACAAGUCCUGGGGCAGAAGUCAGUUCAGCUGUCCCAACAAUAACUAUCUCAUCUGAUGUAAAAGAUAUGGUAACCUCACGGGUCACUAGUUCUGAGACAGAAAUCACUACAGCUACCCAAAUUCUAACUCCUCCUGUUGGUGAAUCAGAGAUCACAGCUUCAUCUGUCACCCAUCUUGGGACACACUCAAGUUCUGCCACUCCAUCUCCGGCUGUCUCCCCUGGGGUAUCAGAGAUGGUGACAUCACAGGUCAUGACUUCUGGGACAGACCUCAAUAUAACUCUUCCGACUCUGACUCUCUCCACUGGUGAACCAGAGACCACAGUCUCAUUUUCCACCCAUCCUGGGACACACUUGAGUUCUGCCAUUCCAACUCUGGCUGCCUCCCCUGGGGUAUCAGAGAGGGUGACAUCACAGGUCACUACUUCUGGGACAGACCUCAGUAUAACUCUUCCGACUCUGACUGUCUCCCCUGGUGAACCAAAGACCACAGCUUCAUCUGUCACCCAUCUUAGAACACACUCAAGUUCUGCCAUUCCAUCUCUAGCUGCCUCCCUUGGGGUAUCAGAGAGGGUGACAUCACAGGUCACUACUUCUGGGACAGAUCUCAGUAUAACUCUUCCGACUCUGACUGUCUCCCCUGGUGAACCAAAGACCACAGCUUCAUCUGUCACCCAUCUUAGGACACACUCAAGUUCUGUCAUUCCAUCUCUGGCUGCCUCCCGUGGUAUAUCAAAGAUGGUGACAUCACAGGCCACUACCUCUGGGACAGACAUGGGUAUAACUCUUCCGACUCUGACUCUCUCUCCUGGGGAACAGGAGACCAUAGCCUCAUCUGUCACCCAUCCUAGGACACACUCAAGUUCUUCCCUUCCAACUCCUGCUGUCUCUCCUGGUGUAUCAGAGAUGGCGACAUCACAGGUCACUACCUCUGUGACAGAUCUCAGUAUAAUUCUUCCGAUUCUGACUCUCUCCACUGGUGAACUAGAGACCACAGUCUCACUUUCCACCCAUCCUGGGACACACUCAAGUUCUGCCGUCCCGACUCUGGCUGUCUCCCCUAGUGAAUCAGGGUUAGUGACCUCGCAGGUCACUACUUCUGAGGAAAAGACCAGUACAACUAUUCCAACUCUGACUGCUUCCUCAGGUCAACCAGAUACCACAGCCUCAUGGCACACACAUUCUUGGACAGAAGCUAGUUUGGUUGCUCCAACGAUACCUGUUUCUCCUGAUGAGUCAGAUACAACAGCCUGGUGGGUCAAUAUGAUGACCUCACUGGCCACCACUUCUGGGUCAGAUACCAGUACAUUUCCAACACUGAAUGAGUCCCCACAUGAGCCAAAGACAACAGCCUCAGGGGUCCCUCAUCCUGAAGAGACCAGCACAAUUGUUUCCAGGACAACCCCCUAUUUUCUCCAUAGUAAAUCAGACACCUCACCCUCGAUGGCCACCAGUUCUGGGACAGAAGUCAAUUCAGCUGUUUCAACUAUGAGUACCUCACCUGGUGUGUCAGAUAUGGUGACCUCAAAGGUCACUAGUUCUGAGACAGACACAAAUAUAACUCUCCCAAUAGUGACUGAACCCCCAUAUGAACCCGGGAAAACAGCCUCAUGGCUCACUCCUCUGGCAGAGACCAGCCCUACGGCUCCCAGGACAGCCCCAGAUUUUUCCUAUAGUAAGUCAGACACCACACCCUCAAUGGCCACCAGUCCUGGGACGGAAACCAACUCAACUGUUCCAGUUAAAACCACCUCACCCAGUAUACCAGGGGUGGUGACCCCAGCAGUCACUAGCUCUAGGACAGACACCAAUAUGAACGUUUCAGCUUUGACUCUUUUUCCUGGUAUACCAGAGACCACAACCUCAUUGGUCACCCAUCCUGGGAAACAGAUUGGUUCUACUGUUCCAACUCUGCCUGUUUCCUCAGGUGAGCCAGAUACAACAGCCUCCUGGGUCACCCCUCCUGCAGAGACCAACACACCUGCUUCCAGAACAAUCCCCAACCUUUCCCAUGCUAAACCAGAUACCACACAUCUAACGACCUCCAGUCCCGGGGCAGAAGCCAGUUCAGCUGUUCCAACAAUAAUGAUCUCACCUGGAGUACCAGAUGUGAUGACCUCACAGGUCACUAGCUCUGGAACGGCAACCAGUACAAUUAUUCCAACUCUGGCUCAUUCUCCUAUUGAACCAGAAACCACCGCCUUAUUGAUCACCCACCCCAGUGCAGAGACAAGUACAACAUUUCCCACUUCAACUAUUUUACCUCGUGUAUUGGAGACCACAGCCUCGCCAUCCAUCAGAACUGGGACACAGAUUACUAUAGCACCUCCAGCUCAGACUGUUUCCCUUGGUGCACAAGCUACCAUAUCACCUCUCUUCACCCCACCUGUGACUGAGAGUAGCAGAGUUGAUCUAGGCCAAACUGGUUCACCAGGUGUUUCUGCAGAAACAGCCUCACUGUCUACCCAUCCUGAGACAGACACCAGCACAACUAUUACAACUUCAAUGCUUUCUCCUGGUUUCUUAGAGAGUACAAGCAUAUUGGCCACCAGCUCUUCAACACAGGCCGGCAUAGGUCUUCCAACUCUGCCCAUUUCCCCUGGUGGCCCUGGGCUUGCCAGUGUCUCUACAACCACUGGUAAGCCUAAUACUGUGACUUCCUGGAAUGCAAAGACUUCAUCACCCAUAACUACAGUUGGACUCCCAGAAUUUUUCAUGGAGGUCACAGGCACCUCUAUGACCUUGAAGCCAUCAGAGACCCCAAUACCACCUAAAACCAGUCACGGGGAAGGAGUAAAUCCAGUCACUAUCCUGACAACUACAAUGGUUGAGACCACUAAUUUAGUUGCCACAGGUUCAAACCCCACUGUGGUGAAGACCACAGCCACCCUCAAUACGCUGACGGGAAGUCCCUUUGCCCCUCUGACUACACCAGAAAUGUCCACCUUGGCCGCUGAGAGUGUGACUUCAAGAACAGCUCCUUCUACAGCUGAAGUGCCUGUGUUGAUACCUUUUACCGUCAACUUCACCAUCACCAACCUGCACUACACAAAGGACAUGGGGCACCCAGGCUCUGAGAUAUUCACCGCCACAGAGAGGACCCUGCAGCACCUGCUCGAGCCCUUGUUCCAGAAGAGCAAUGUCGCCUCCCUCUACUCUGGCUGCCGGCUGACUUCGCUCAGGGAUGAAAAUGUUGGGAAAGGCACCAGAAUAGACGUCAUCUGCACCUACCACCCAGAUCCCACAGGCCUCAAGCUGGACAGAGAGAGACUGUAUUGGGAGCUGAGCCAGUUGACCCAUGGCGUCACUCGGCUGGGCUCCUACAUCCUAGACAGGGACAGUCUCUAUGUCAAUGGCUACAACCAUCGGUACAAGAUCUCUGCCACCAGCACUGCAGGUGUGAGACCAGAUCUGGUGCCAUUCACCCUCAACUUCACGAUCACCAACCUGUUCUAUACCCCAGACAUGGGGCACCCAGGCUCCUUAACCUUCAACUCCACGGAGAAGACCCUGAACUACCUGCUCGAGGCAUUGUUUAAAAACACCAGUAUUGGCCCCAGGUACUCUGGCUGCAGACUGACCUUGCUCAGGACUGAGAAGGAUGGAGCAGCCACUGGAGUGGACGCCAUCUGCACCUACCAUCCUGGACCCAUGGACCCAGGGCUGGACAGAGAACAGCUGCACCAAGAACUGAGUCAACUGACCCAUGGUGUCACCCAGCUGGGCCCCUACACCCUAGACAGAGGCAGCCUCCAUGUCGAUGGUUACAACCGUCAGGACUGGAUUCCUACUACCAGCACUGCAGGUGUGGGCCCAGGACUGGUGCCGUUCACCCUCAACUUCACAAUCACCAACCUGCUUUAUACCUCAGACAUGGAGUACCCAGGCUCCUUAACCUUCAACUCUACAGAGAAGACCCUGAAUGAUCUGCUCAAACCCUUGUUUAAGAACACCAGUGUCGGCUCCAGCUACUCUGGCUGCAGACUGACCUUGCUCAGGAGUAAGAAGAAUGGGACAGCCACCGGGGUGGAUGCCAUUUGUACCUACAAUCCUGUCCCCAUGGACCCAGGGCUGGACAGAGAACAGCUGUACCAGGAACUGAGUCAUCUGACCCAUGGUGUCACCAAGCUGGGCCUCUACACCCUGGAUAGAGACAGCCUCUAUGUCAAUGGUGAGAGUCCAUACUGUAGUUAUAACCAGCAGGACUGGACCCCUACCACCAGCACUCCAGUGACGUCUACAUCCUCCACAAGUGUUUCCACAACCUCCACUCCCAGGUCUACAGUUGUAGGUGUGAGCCCACGCCUGGUGUCAUUUACCCUCAACUUCACAAUCACCAACCUGCACUAUGCCCCAGACAUGGGACGCCCAGGAUCCUUAACCUUCAACUCCACAGAGAAGACCCUGAAUCGCCUGCUGGAACCCUUGUUCAAGAAUACCAGUGUCGGCUCCAGCUACUCUGGCUGCGGAUUGACCUUGCUCAGGAAUGAGAAGAAUGGAGCAGCCACCAGAGUGGAUGCCAUCUGCACCUACCAUCAUGACCCCAGGGACCCUGGGCUAGAAAGAGAACAGCUGUACCAGGAACUGAGCCAUCUGACCCAUGGUGUCACCCAGCUGAGCCUCUACACUCUGGACAGAGACAGCCUCUAUGUCAACGGUUAUAACCAUCGAGACUGGACUCCUACUACCAGUGCUGCCUUUGUGGGCCCAGGUCUGGUGCCAUUCACCCUCAACUUCACAAUCACCAACCUGCUCUAUUCCCCUGACAUGGGGCACCCAGGAUCCUUAACUUUCAACUCUACAGAGAAGACCCUGAGUCACCUGCUUGAGCCCUUGUUCAAGAACACCCAUGUUGGCUCCAACUACUCUGGCUGCAGACUGACCUUGCUCAGGAAUGAGAAGGACAGAUCAGCCACUGGAGUGGACGCCGUCUGCACCUACCAUACUGGCUCCAUGGACCUUGAGCUGGACAGAGAACAGCUGUACCAAGAACUGAGCCAACUGACCCACGGUGUCACCUGGCUGGGCCGCUACACCCUGGACAGAGACAGUCUCUAUGUCAAUGCUCCCAUGAUGUCUACAUUUUCCGCAGGCAUUUUCACAUCCUCUACCCCCAGCCCUGCAGCCACAGAACCAUCCCUGGUGAUGUUCACCCUCAACUUCACCAUCACCAACCUGCACUACAGGGAAGACAUGAAACUCCCAGGUUCUGGGAUAUUCAACACCACAGAGAGGACCUUGACUCGCCUGCUCAAGCUCCUGUUCCAGAAUAGCAGCAUUGGUCCCCUCUAUUCUGGCUGCAGACUGGCCUUCCUCAGGACUGAGAAAGAUGGAACAGCCACUGGAGUUGAUGCUGUCUGUACUCAUCUUCCUGACCCCAUGGGUCUUGAGCUGGACAGAGAGCGGCUGUACUGGGAGCUGAGCCGGCUGACCCAUGGUGUCACUCGGCUGGGUUCCUACAUCCUGGACAGGGACAGUCUCUAUGUCAACGAUUUCACCCACCGGAGCUCUGUGCCCACCACCAGCACUCCUCGGACAUCCACAGUAGACCUGAGAAGCUCUGGGUCUCCAUCUUCCCUCCUGAGCCUCACAACAUCUCCUCCUUUCCUGGUGCCGUUCACUCUCAACUUCACCAUCACCAACCUGCACUACAGGGAGAGCAUGCGUUACCCUGGCUCCAGGAGAUUCAACACCACAGAGAGGGUCCUGCGGGGUCUGCUCAGGAACUUGUUCAAGAACACCAGUGUUGGUCCUCUCUACUCUGGCUGCAGACUAGCCUUGCUCAGGCCUGAGAAGGAUGGGGCAGCUACCAGAGUGAACACCAUCUGUACCUACCACUCAGACCCCACAGGCCUUAGACUAGACAGAGAGCAACUGUAUUGGGAGCUGAGCCGGCUGACUCAUGGGGUCACCCACCUGGGCUCCUACACCCUGGACCGGGACAGUCUGCACGUCAAUGGUUACACUCCUCUCACCCUUCCAGCCCCAGGCACCAUCACCAGUACUGUAGCUGGGGAGGUCAGCAAGGAGCUCUUCACCCUGAACUUCACCAUCGUCAACCUGCGCUACAUGACAGACAUGGGCCGCCCAGGCUCCCACAAGUUCAACCUUACCGACAGCGUCUUGGGGCACCUGCUGAGUCCUUUAUUCCAGAGAAGCAGCCUGGGCGCCCGGUACACAGGCUGCAGGGUCACCACGAUAAGGCCUGAGAAGAAUGGUGCUCACACGCGGGUGGACUUCCUCUGCACCUACCAGCAGCCCCCCGACGGCCCAGGUCUACCUGCCAAGCAGGUGUUCCAUGACCUGAGCUGGCAGACCCGUGGCAUCGCCUGGCUGGGCCCCUACUCCCUGGACAAAGACAGCCUCUAUGUGAACG